AAGUGAACGCGCGUUAAUACGUUGAAGGUCAUAGUGGGACCAUAGGAAGUCCAGCCUAAUCAUAAUUGGUCUCUGUUGGGCUACUGAACCAUCUGGCCUUAGUUUCGAUUCUGUGACUGUCCUAUCCCUAAGUUUGGCUGGAAAGAGACCCGAGCCUGCAAAAUUGGAUUCUGAGGCAUUUUUCGAGUGCUCUUUUACCAAAAAUUGAGGAAAAUAGUUUAAAAUGUUCAGCGUUACUUCUCACGGUGCGCACCUGCAGUAUACAAUUGUCCACGUAUUCCGUAAAUACAGCUUGUCUGUGGAUGAGGUGUACACGAAAUCGCUCUUAAACACUUUGAGCCAAAAAUUUUUGAAAUUACCACCGUCUUCUGAAACACGCACUCUGGAAAGCACAAAUAACUUAACCGAAGGUCUACCAGAUACUAAGGAUUUUAGCGUACGUAAAACUCGUCAGUUUUCUAAGUGUAAUCAGGAAAAACAUUUUGAAAAACCAUUAUGUGAGUUAACGCUUCAUCACACCAAUCGUGAUACUUUGAAGACUCCACUUCGAAAGUCCAAUAAUUUGCUUCGUAAAGUUCUGGAAACCCAAAACUCCAUCCAAUCUUUGCCGGGUAACAAUAAAUUGCCACAAAAACAGAUAAAAGCCUACUUAAACCCUAGCCAAACACCAAAAGAGAGCAUAGAUAUACUAUCCCAAUGGUUUAAGGAGUUAGAGUUGGACGAACUGGUUCAUGUGCCUCUAUCUUCUGCCAAUCUUGCCGCCUACAUCCCAAGUUGUUUUACCCUGUCACAACUUGUGAAACUAGGUGUUAAUUUAUCCAAAGUUGAAGCUGUUCCAGGUGUUGCAAAUAUGUUGAUGAAGCUUGAUUUUCAUAAUGAUAUUGAACCUAUACUAUGGCGACUUUCAGACUUUGGAUUUCAACCCAAACAAAUCGCUCGGAUUAUUACGGCAUUCCCAAAAUUACUUAAACUACCACUGUGCGAAAUCAGUGCACGAUUAACUUAUUUUACAGAUCGGAAAGUUUCGUCUACAGAUGUUGUAACAAUGAUAUGUCGAAUUCCUAAUAUACUCAAAAAACCGCCCAUCGAAAUAGAUAAAAAUCUUGGUCAAAUAAAGUCACUCAUACAGUUAGAAAAUUCAGAGAUUGUUAAAGUAAUCACGACGGAACCCAAAAUCAUUAUACACCCAUUACCAAAAAUUAAGGAUGUUUUUGUUGUACUAUCAAAAAUGAUGGGAUUUUCACAGUCAGUUAUACAUGAAUUAAUUCUUACUAGCCCGAAGUUAUUGAUAACAGAACGUCAACAUCUGUCAGACAACUUCAAAAUUAUGCACUGGCAUCUUAAUCUUCCAGUUGAUCUCAUACAAAUAUGGCCAGAAGCUUUAUCUGCUGCACCGCAUUUACUACAUCAACGAUGCACAUUUCUCGUGCGUCGAAAGUUGUUUCAGCCAGAUCCAACCAAGUGAGUUGAAUCUUUUGUAAGAAUUGCAUAAAUCUUAAACUUUCUCAUCAAAAUUCAAAGUUUAGUUGCAUAGGAAUGCCAAUGAAUACAGCCAACCAAUUUAUCGAAGAGUAGUUUGAUGUAGAUGUCAUGUACUUUUGGGGUAUUGGAAAAUCACUUAUAGAAAGCUGAGCAUUCAAUAGUUGACGGUUUUAAUCUGAAAAACACAGUAAAGGACACCAUCUGCUCUUCCAUCAUCAUAAAUGAAGUCACUUGUGUGUUGAUUAGAAAACGUGAACCAGUAUUUGGAUGAAAAUCCCGAGCAACUAGUAGACGUCGUAAUGAGACCUUUGCAGUAUCACCUCUACCUUGCUAGGAAUAUUAACAUAAUUCAGAGAAGAUUCAGCUAUAUUUUUGUUAUAUAGACAAAAAUUUUAUAGCUGAUUACGUUUUCACUGCAUCACAGUGUAUAGUGUUCUAUUUUCAAUUUAGGUAUUUUGUGGCUUCAAGCUAAAGUGACAGAUCUGAAAUCGAAUAUGUGGUGGUCCCACAGGAAAUUACACAUUUUUCAGUACUGAAAGAUAACUGUUUUGCGUAGACUAUUUAUCUAGCUCAAAGUAGGAUAUAGAUAGAAUAAUCGUUGUUAUAACCUGUAAUUCUCAACUAGUUGAUAUUUCUAAGAGGUGACUCAAUAAGUCAGUUUAUGUUGUCAUAUAGGCUCCAUGUAUAGUUGCCUCAAUACUUUUCGUAGUGAGACAUCCUGAUUACAAUUCCUUUCAUAAAGCUUGGGAGCACGAUUCGAUUUGAAUACAGAGAUCCUUCGAGUAUUUAUAAGGUUUCUGUUCUUGUGGCAAUGUUUAUAUGAACUUUUUCAACUAACUGCUCUAAUCAUGGAUACUUUUGAGCCCAUGGAGAGUAACGGUUAUCUAAUUAGAAAAACUUUCAAUAAUCAUGCAAGUAGUAAGAAUAAAACAUACCGCUUGAGUAGUUUCUUUUGUUAUUUACGCUGUCCACUACUGUACUUAAUUAUUAUUAGCGUCAUUUUACCUCUAGCGCGAUUUGUUCUCAUGAAGAUUUUUAUUUUGCUUGGGUUGUUCACGUUAUAGAUUUUUUAUGUUAGCUGAUGUCAGGUUGAAUAAGUGAAUUUACAGAAAAGCUUAGACGUUAUAUUAGUAUCUACUGUUCAUUCCAUAGGUUGCGUAAAUUUGGCCCAUAACCCUUAUAAUGCAGAAUUUUGACUACAACUUGUCGCAUGAAUCCAAUGAAGUAUUAUUAUGCGAAACUAAUUAAAUUGUUAUUACUGUUUUGUAGACCCCUAUAUACACCUCUCAGUUCUAUAGUUUUACAAGACGACGAUGAGUUUUGUCAAAAAUACGGAUUUACCACAGAAGAGGAUUACGACAAUUUUCUGCGAACUCUGUGAAAUCAGUUUUCGUUUUGUACAUAAAUGAAAGUGUAAAUAAUUAUUGAUACUAAAUUU